AUGAUAGUGGGUACUUUUAAUAUAAGGGGUGGAGGCAGCUUGAUUAAGCGGAAGUGGAUCAACAGUAUUAUUGCUAAUGGGAAGACGGACAUGUUUCUUUUGCAAGAAAUAAAAUUUAAGGUGGUUUCAGACUCCGUAGCCAAAAGUUUUUGGGGGAUGGAAGAUAUUGGGUUCUCAUAUUCAGGGGAGGACGGUAUGUCGGGUGGUGUUUUUACUCUUUGGAAGAUUCAAUCGGUCUCGGUGAUUUCUAGCUUUCGUGGCAAUGGUUACCUUGGAAACAAGAUUUUUGUGGGAGAUUUUUAUGCGGUCAAGAAGAGGAAUGAGAGAGUUGGUCAAGCUUUGGUAAGAAGUAAUGUGGAAUGGAGGAAAUUUUCGGAUUUUAUUGAAGAAAGUGGGUUGGUGGACGUUCCUAGUAAAGGAAAGAAGUUUAGCUGGUUUAGUAGAGAUGAGAAAUCUAAUAGUAGACUUGAUAGAUUCCUUGUAUCAGUUAAUAUUGUUUCAUUGUGGGGUGUUGUUGGAGAGGAUUGGGGUCCUAAAUCGUCCAAGUUCCAUAAUGAGUGGUUUUCUGAUAAGGGCUUUAUUCCUUUUGUUGAGAAAUUUCGUUUAAUUAAAGAGAGGUUGAAGUGGGGGAACAAAACAAUUUUUGGUAAGUAUGACAUGGAGGUGGAGGAAGGAGUUAGAGAUUUUAAUGCAUCGGAUGAUAGAAAGUUUUGGGAUGAGGAGGCGCAUGAAAUCAAAGUAAAGGUGAACAAGAGAGUUUGGUUGAACCUUAAGAUUAAGGAGGACAUGCUAAUUAAAAAUUCUAGAUUAAAGUGGUUGAAUGAUGGAGAUAAUCAUAGUAAGUUUUUCCAUAAAGUUAUGAAGGAUAGGAAGAGUAGAAAUCAUUUUAGUCCCAUAAUUACUAGUAAAGGAGUUGUGAAUUCGGUGAGGGAGGUCAAGGAUGCGGUAAAAGUUCCUUUUAUAGAUAAAUUCAAAGAAGAUUAUUUUGAUACACCGUCUUUAGAUGGUAUUUUUAUUAAUUCGUUGAGUAGGGAAGAUAGCUUAGCUCUUGAGGUUCCUUUUUUGUAA